AUGCACCUCAUCGACAAAUUCACCUCUCUCCUCUCCCUCCGCUCCCUUACCACCACCUCAACCCCCCAAUCCCCCCUCUCCUCUCCCCAUGCCACCAACCCCGUCAUAAACGGCUGGUACGCAGACCCAGAAGCCCGCAUCUUCGACUCCACCUACUGGCUCUACCCAACCUACUCCGCAGCCUACGAAGACCAAACCUUCUUCGACGCCUUUUCCUCUCCCGACCUCCUCUCCUGGACCAAACACCCCGUCAUCCUGAACAUAACCAACAUCCCGUGGUCCACUAAUCGCGCAGCCUGGGCCCCUUCCGUCGCAUUCAAAGAUGGCGAGUACUACAUGUAUUUCUCCGCCGGUGACGGGGCGGGGAUCGGGGUUGCGAGAUCCACCACGCGCCGUCCCGAGGGCCCGUUCGAGGAUGUACUCGGAAAGCCCCUCGUGCCUGAGACGGUGUACGGUGCGGAACCGAUUGACGCGCAGAUCUUCCUCGACGAUGAUGGACGCAAUUGGUUGUAUUUUGGGGGCUGGAGUCAUGCGGUUGUGGUUGAGUUGGGGGCGGAUAUGGUUUCGCUCAAGGGGGAGUAUUUGGAGAUUACGCCCGAGGGGUAUGUUGAGGGGCCGUGGAUGUUGAAGAGGGGUGGGGUUUAUUAUUUUAUGUAUUCGGUUGGGGGAUGGGGCGAUGAUUCGUAUGGCGUCAGUUAUGUGACUGGAUCUUCGCCGACAGGGCCGUUUAGCAAUUCGUCGACGAAGAUUCUAUCUGGGAAUAGUGAAGUCGGUACCAGUACUGGGCAUAAUAGUGCGUUCACGCCCGAUGGACAGGAUUACUAUAUCGUCUAUCAUCGACGAUUUCCCAACGACACGGCGAGAGAUCAUCGCGUGACUUGUAUAGACCGGAUGCAGUUUGACGAGCAAGGCAAUAUCUUGCCUGUGGAAAUCACUACUACAGGAGUCGAGGGGAGACCUCUAUCAUCAUGA